AUGGUUGACGAACGCCAACUUUUAUCAGUUCGGCGCUGGAUCGAGAGCCAAUAUCCGACUUUGGCUCUUGAUCAAGCGUGGCUGGAGCAAGCAGCAGACUAUGUCGCAGAAUCUGCGCCAGAACCCCUAUCUACGCCGAACUUAAUCAAAGCAGUGCACUUUCAACUCCUACAUGCCGAUUUGCGACAGUUCAUCAAGCGUACAACGUCGACCGACGGUCGCGGAGGUGGUUUCGCCGCUGUACUUCAAGCGGCUGAGGUCAAGGACGGAACCAAUGCCAAGUAUAGACGGAUAGAUGAGGUGAUCAGCGGCAGGUUAGCUUCGGCUGGGUCUCUUGCGCAAAUUUCGGGCAAGGUUCGCUCGAAAAGGACGGAGCUGUUGGUCCAAGUCGUGGGCAUAACGGAUGUCGGAAUUCCCGUGCAAGGUCUGUUAGAUGUCACUCUUGCGCGCCAACAAGCUUCAAAGACAGAAGCAGGGCGGAAGUUGCUCGAAAAUGCUGCCGAAGUCACUGUACUCGACAACUCCUCUCGCGGGAGGAGCUGCAGUGCGAGCCAAAAAGUAGGCCGCGCUCAGGCACGUGUCACAAUCCGUAGCAACGCAGGGGCAGACAGCGAAGACGCAAGUCUGGCUGCGGAAGAGGAGGUUCUACGCUCCUCCAUCAUCUACCCGCGGUCCAUGUUGCAGCUUGAGUUGGACGACGGGUAUGUAGACGAUCUAGACUCACGGCCGGUGACAGCUUUGGAGAUGGCCCGGAUACCCGAGCUGGCGCUCGGCAAGACGGCGCUAGGCUGCAAGCUCGCUAUUCGUGAUGCCGAGGUCUGCGAUGGCAUCAUUUUACUAAGUCCUGAUAAUGUGACUGUGAAAGGCGGCAGCGUCAUGGAGCUGCAGGAUGCUGCCGAAGAGAGGCUGAUCAAGCGGCUAAAGGUACAUCUAGACAUGGCUCAAUCAGGUACCCACCGUGGGCGGGUCGGCGGUUCGAGUGGAGGAAGACAAGGGCCCCCAGCGCGUUUGCCGAUCAAAUCCAUUUCGCCUGUCAAGAGGGCUGCACCUACGGAGCGGAAGCGAGACAGCGAGUGGUCUGGGGCCCCAAGCCAUACGACCACAAAGGACAAUAUCAUCGACAUAGCUGAUUACGAUGAGGGCAAGCUGACGCGAGAAGCUCUCUGGGCUGAAGAACCUUCAAAGUCUCCAAAGCAGGGAACGGCUCCGGACACUCAUGCUUCCAGAACUCGAUCCAUUGGGAGACUCGCUGGCACCCAUAUCGAUGCUUCAGAAGUCGCAAAUCAACCUCAGAGAGGGAAAGGCAAGCUGCCGGCCAUCGACAUCAUUGCGAUCGACGAUGACGAUAACGAUGAAUUCGCGCAUCUGGACUUUCCGUGGCCCACACAAACUCCUAAACAAAGAUGGCGCGGUGAGGGCCAGCGGCACGACGAUCCGAUCGUGUUGGACUGA